ACACACACUCUUACGCACGCCUCCACACACUCACUCCCUCCGUCACACACUCGCUCACUCACUCGCUCGCUGGAGGUGGGGGCGCGGAGAGAUAGAGCUAUUAGCUCGGCUGCAGCAGACAUCGUUGUACGAGCGGAGGGGAGACGAUUCCACCGGCUGUGCGCGAGAACGCACGGAGAGCCUCCCGCUUCCCUGCCCGUUACACCGUACAGGAAUGGUGAGGGUUAUUGGAGCCAACCAGACGCAGAAGUGGACAGACCGAGUGGGAAUCACGAGCCGUCCCCUCAGACAGCACGAGGAGAGAUCUAUCCAUCCUCAUCCCAGUGGUUUCAUCUGGACUCUCCUCUCCGACUGAACCUGGUUAAGAUCCGCCUGUAUCGUCCCGCUGGGCUGUGCUGGAGGCCUGCGCUGAAACUAUAAGUCGCGUUGGGAUUGUAACGACUUCAAUGGGCCGCAACACUCACUGAAACACUGGAGGCAACUGAAUGAGGUUCUUCCUGCAGUCCUGGAGACUCGCUCUCAGAGGGAAAUGAUUCCACAUGAAUUGCAUGGACCGCUCUCCCACAGCAGGUGUGACUUCCGUUGCUUAAGACUGAAAUCUGUGUCCAUCCGACCAUAGGCACAGGACACAUCCCCUCGCACCACCACUCUCCUCUCUACCCCAUCCCUGUCCUCGCUCCGAGCCAGUCAGUGGGAGGGCACACUCUGUUAGCAAAACAAACAGAGACUGAGAGGGAGAGGAAAAGCGCCAAAAACAACAGGGGGAAUAAACAUCCAGAAAGAGUGGUACAAGAUUCUCAGACGCCAUGAAGUCAAACCAGGAGCGGAGCAAUGAAUGCCUGCCCCCAAAGAAGCGUGAAAUCCCAGCAAGCACUCUGCCCUCAGAGGAGAGGCCCAUGGUGAUGGCGCCUGCCAAUGAGAGCCAGCGUUCGGGAAACCUGGCCUGGCUUGCCAGUUUGGCAAGCGGACAUGACAGAGGGCGGCAGCACACCAGCACCUCCUCAGAAGCCGAUGGGCCUCUAUACAAACCGUUGUCAGCCGCAGCUGAGAGCACACCUCCCUCAUCCACACAUUUAUCCAGAGCUCCCACUGCAGUGACCACCAUACCUGCAUUGUACACGUCACCCCUCUCUCAGCCUGCUGGUCCUAUCCAGUACACACCCCUGCAUCCCAAUCUUCACUUCAUCAGCUCUCCAUACUCUGCACCGUAUGCUGGCUACAUCUCACCUUUAGUUCCCCCUUCAAUUGCCACCACUACCACACAACGUGAGAUUUAUGCCAGCACCUCCAAUUCUCCAGCAUCCAAAAUUGACCAGCACCACCAAUUGGGCCGUCAUCCUGGCAUGGUAACAACUGACAACACACCUUCGCCCCACUCCACCCAAUACAUCCAAAUUGCUGGUUCUCCUCUAAGCGUAUCUCCUCGGACUGCUCCGUCACCUCAUGCUCACUUGCCUCCACACUUGCACCCUCACCACACGCUCCCCAUCAGUGGCCCCUCGCCAGUCUUACACAUCACGCACACAGAUGGACCUUUACCCAAGAGGGAGGAGACAAGGCCCAGGGAGGUUCUGAACGGAGAGCUGGAGAAGGACAGACGCUUUGGUCUGUCUCCCGAAUCUAGUGCAGGGAAGCAGGGCAGCACCGCCAAAGGGGGUUCCUCCACCCAACAGCACCAGAUCCACCAGCAGCAGAGCCCACGUCACUAUGAGGCUCGACACGUGGUGCUACCUGCCGAAUAUGCGCAGGACAGCGCAGCCAUGCGGGCCUCGUUGGUGCUGGUACCCAACAGUCAUAGCUCCGGUGGUGCUGAUCCUGGAGGUACACCUGACAAGCUGCCUCCCCCAACAUCCCACACUGAGAAAGGAGGGAUUUGCGCAGGCAAACCUAUAUCCCGCAGUUCCUCCUCCUCAGCCUCCCUUCCAUUUCCUCCUCCCCCUCCACCUGUGGACAGUCUGAAGGGGGCAGUUACCACACUGUCUCCUCAUGCAGUCAUUCAGACUACACAUAACACCACAGAGUCACUCUCGCUGGGCCUCUCCUCCACCAAUUUCUACUCUGCCCAGCAGCCCAUCAUCGGUUACAUUGCCGGCACAGGGCACCAGCAACCUCUCAGCUACCACACCAGCCUAUCCCAGCACCUGGUCAUCCCUGGAACUCAGCCAGUCAUCAUCCCAGUGAGUGGAACUGAAGCUAGUGCUACAUCGACCACACCGCCCUUGCCCACGGCACUGCCCCAUGCUUUCGUCACCUCAAUGGCCCCAAAAGUAGAGACAUUUGAGGCUCCAGCUCCUUACUCCCACCCUGCCGCAGCUGUGGUUCAAGCCCAGUUGCAUCUGCCUGUGGUUCCAGCCCCUGCCGGCCUGCUGACAACUCCACCGCCGCCCUCGGCCCCUUCACUGCCCCCUUACUUCACCAAGGGCUCCAUCAUCCAGUUGGCGGAUGGGGAAUUGAAGCGGGUGGAGGACCUGAAGACAGAGGAUUUCAUUCAGAGUGCUGAGAUCAGCAAUGAGCUGAAGAUCGACUCCAGCACCGUAGAGCGCAUCGACAGCAGUCAUACGCCUAACUUUGCUAUUAUACAGUUUGCUGUCGGAGAGCAUCGCUCACAGGUCAGCGUGGAGGUGCUGGUAGAGUAUCCUUUCUUUGUGUUCGGUCAGGGCUGGUCAUCAUGUUGUCCAGAACGGACAACCCAGCUGCUUGAGUUGCCAUGCACCAAGCUUUCAGUAGGCGACGUUUGCAUCUCCCUCACCCUGAAAAACCUGAGGAAUGGCUCCAUCAAGAAAAGCCAGGGGCAAGUCUUGGAUGCGCCUUCCCUCGGUCCACCCCUUAAAUCACCCAAAGCACUCUCAAGCGGUGUGCGAGGGGGUGUUCGGCACACAGAACAGGAAAAUGGACUCGGGCAGUGUGGAGAUCAGGGAGGUGGAGGUGGUCAAGGCAAUAGAGAGAAUGGAGAACUGAAGUUUGGCGAAAGAGACAUCUGCAAAGCACCACCGGUCACUGAAUCAAAGUCCGGCAGCAAACCCACAGGCCGCAAAAGGAGGUGGUCUGCCCCUGAGGGCCGCAAAGUAGAAAAUCCCGAAGGAGAGCCUCCUUUAACGUUCCCUAAACCUUCAUUCAUCCCUCAGGAGGUUAAAAUCAGUAUCGAAGGCAGAUCAAAUGUUGGAAAGUGAACGUGCAUUGGACUGUCAUAUUUUAAAAGCAAAAUUUGCCCUUGGAAUGUUUUAGGUUGAUUUAAUUUUCUAUCCAGAUUACUUUACCUGGAGGCUAAAUUUAUUCAGUAUGUACAUUAUCACUUCUAACUUUGUAAUAGAUGCAUUACACAGGCAAUUGGUGCAAUUCAUUUGAUUGGUCAAAUUCAGGGCAAAUGUAGCGCAAGGUGGGAAGGUCGUGAGAUACCUGAGCACUGCAUGAUACCCCGAAGGCUUCAGUAUACACAAUCAGUCACAGCUAACAAGGCAAAGACGUCUAUCCAGUCUCUCACCUACAACAUCCUCUACUUUUUUUUUUUUUUUUAGCUCAGACAAACCUGGUUAAACUACACCUAGUGGCAAUUAAAUCAUUCGCCUGCUGAGUGAACCUGAAAAUGUUAGUAAGAAAGACGAACAACUGGUGUGAAUAACAUUGCUAAUGGUGGCAGAACGGAAAUCACUCCUCCACUGGUUGCAGGAGUUUACAUGAUGUCAGCCAUCUUGUUUAACUGUGACUAAAAAAGACUAUCCAAAUCAAUGCUAACAAUGUAUCGUCAGCGCAGUUAGACUAGCAUAGAUUAUAUUAACAUGUAUUGAAAUGCAAGAAGAGGUUUCCAAAUACUAUGGUACAGGCCAAGAGAGAUGAUGUCAUUAAGCAGUGCCAGUGGCUCCUCAGAAAGACAAAACUAUCAUUUAAAACAGGGAAGAUGGACGAGUCUAUUUUUAUAUAUCCAACUGUCUAACCUUUUAUUUGACUAUUUUUGUAGUUUUGCAUGUUUUAAUUUUCCGUCUCACUUUUCAAACCCUCCUAUCAUACAUGAUGGGUAGUUUUUUUCUUUUCUUUUCUGUUUUUUUUUUUGUGAUGAAUGUGUAAACCUUGCAAUCAGGGGUCAUUUUUUACAUAGACACAGGAUGGGUUCUUGUCUAUGUAUAUGUAUAUGCAUGGGUGUAUCUUGAUGCAUACAAACAUAAUGGGUGAGAAGAUCGACCAGUCCCUUGUUUUAGUGUAGUCUCACCUGUUUUUGUUAAAACAAGAGAAAGUAGUUUUUUUGUUUUUUUUUUCAAAAGAAAGAGAGCGAAAGUUGUCUGAGAAGGAUGAAAUGCGUGUUGUCUUGAAGCACUUACUUAACACACCUGUCAUGCUCACUAGCUGAUAGUAGUUUCAAUCAAAUAAGUCAAAUUAUUAUAUUAAUUAUUAUUAUUAUUGCUACUAUUGUCUGUGGUUCUUUCGACAUGAACACAGUACUGUAUGCUGUAUCAUAAAUUGGAUGUUGUGUGGCACUCUGUGGGAUGGUGAUGGCUCACAAGGGUCGCUGUGAAGGGAUGAAUGUAACAGAUGAAAGCGAAAACAAUGAGAUUUUGUCCCCAAGAGGACUGCUUUAAAGAAAGCACUUUUUUUCAUCGCGUAUGAUUGGCUUGAGUAAAGAUGAGCGCAAAGAGGCAGCAGCCCAUGAAACAACUGCCAUUUGAGUCAUUUAAAGCAAAAAGAGUAGUAUGAAAGUGUGAAUGCAGGUGGAAAUAAGUACAGAGACUGUUUAUAUAUUUACGAGAGAUAUGAGAGACAAAGUGAAAGUGAGAAACUCUGGCUACAGGAAUCUUCGGAGGAUCGAAGGGUGUCAUAUGCCUGUUUGUUAGCAAUGUAUGUGGUUGUGCACGCAUGCGAGUCUGUGUGCGGUUGUGCACGGGCUUAAACACACCUAAAAACGUACACGGUUACGGUGAUUUUCAAUCAUGUUGAAAUAUGUCAUGUAUUUUUUUGUACAUUAACAUGUAUAGAACUGCAUAUGCUAUAUCUAUCUUACUGUAUGAGAACGCAAGACUACAUGAGCACGUUUUUAGUCCCGUCCCCCAAGACACUGACUCAUCGAACGUAUGUGAACGCAGUCAUGUAGUAAUUUCAGUGAUCUGUAGUAUAUUUGUGUGAGCGUGUUUGAGUGUGUGUUUGUGUGCGUGCAAGUGUAUGUGUGUGUGUACAUACCACACAUAUUAUAAAUAGAUAUUUAAGUUCUACUUAAAAGAAUAUUGCAAUUUGCACAUCUGGAGAGAUAGUAACAUGAUUUAUUUUGUUUUCUGCCAGCACAGGACAGGGCCGAAAACCUGAUUUAUACUGAAAUGUAGCAGUUUCUUGGCAAGUUUGCUCGGUUCGCAGGUCUGUUGGGUUCAUUUUCAUUAGGAAAAUCAGGAAGCCCCUUUUCAGGGGGUUUGAAUCACACACAAAUGGAUAAAAGUAGGAUUAUGCAGGGUGCUGUCGAAGUGUUCGCUUCAUGGGGUGGAUGAAGUCAUAGACUGUAGCCUGCAUACUUGUCGAGUCCUUUGAGUGGACACACUCAAGUUAGCUUGGGUAGGUGAAGAUCUGGCAGGAGGAAGGGUGGUAGUAGAGAAUAAAAGAUGCAUGGAUGAACGAAUUGAUUUAAUGAGUGGUGGAGGGUGGGUGAGUGAGUGCACCCCAUAAACAAUUUGAAAAUGCUUUAUUUUUUUAUAAUAAAACAGGGUUUCUCAGAUCAACACCACAACCGUGCAUUUUUUUCUUUUUUCCAUUUGACAUGGUGUCUCUGUCCCCUCAAAGUGUGCGUGUUUGAGUUUUACUAGGAUUGUAUGUGUGUGGACGUGUAUGCUUUAACCAAUCAAACUUGAUUUUUUUCGUUGUUUAUUUUGGGCCAAAAGGUAGAAAUAAGAUGUGAUAUUGUUUGUCCGUUAAGGCACCCCAACAACACGACUGUCAAUGGCGAAUCAGUCUUGCGUUUGUUUUGUUUCUCUGAUCUUUCGCUUUUGUUCGUCUCUUCGUGUAACGAUCAGUGUUUUCCUUUUGUGGCUCAUUGCUUCGAUCAUUUUACAGUCUGCCUCCUUCUGGUUGCACAGUGCGGUUCCACGUACACACGAGAAGCAUUCCGAACAACGGCACGUAGCAAUAACCCUUAGUCUCUAGUGCUGAACCAAAAAGAAAAACAAAACAAACAGAGAACCGGAUAUCAACGCCAGACCUUCUGUUUGACCUCAGCAAGCUGUUUUUUUUUAAUCCUUUUUAGGUUGAUUUGCGGUUUGCACAUCCAGCCCUCAGUAACUUCAGGGAGAAAUAUAAAUUAAUAUGCAGUGACAGAGUCUGUCCCCUCCUAGUCGUCUUAACCCGUAAUCGAUAGUGACCUCCAGAUGCUCUUCAGGUGCCCAUACAGAACCAGUACGCCUCUCUCAGAGUAUGUUUACCCAACUGCAACCGUUAGCUACCUUCUGUUGCCUGGCAUGUACGUGCGACCGCUUUCUCACCCGGCACACCCGCUAUAGUUCAAGAACAUCGUUUUCUUUUCUCUCUUUAAAUUGGUCUCUCUCUCUCAUUCAUAGCCAUAGAACCUCAACAGUAUUUGUGAUGGAGUUUCAUUUUGCCUAGCUUGUCGAAAUUACAGUAGUUUUUUGUGGGAAAAGUCAAUUAACUAUUCACCUAUGGUAUAAAUUGACAUUUCAAUCCAUUUUACUUCCAUGAUGUGACGUGUUUCAGAGUUCAAAAGGAUAUUCAAUUAAGAAUCAAACCAGAAUGCAUACCAAAUUGACCCUUCUCAGUGAGUUUGAUUGACAGCCGAAUCAGCCAUUUUGUCUGACAAACAAAUCAGGCAGUAGAUUAACAUAAACAAAAAACAUAAAACUUAACAUAAAAAAUCUUUUGAUGUCUUUCCAUUCAUGAAAUAAGAUUCAGUGAAUAGCUCUCAAUAAGACCUGAAAUGGGCAUCGAGGAAGUAAAUAGUGUCCAUUUGGAUUCACUUAUUAUGAACCUGGACACAAGCAAUCGUAAAUGUGUAAUUACACAUAUGUUUAUGUUUGCAUUUGGACUUGAAGAUGUUAUGACUUUAAUCCGAUCGUCCAUGUCUGUAAUUGUCUCUGAAAUAUUGAGGAAUAAGUCCAACUGCAGAUGAAUUAAACAUGCUUGACGUGCAAUGACCCGAAUGAAUGAAACAUCACAGAUGUUCUGUGCCGUCACAUUUGAUGGUCAUCACAAAAAAAGAGAAUAAAAGAUGCACAUGGUACAGCUGGCGGUUUAUUGUGCUGAUAAUGAUAGUCUCUUGUGACCUCCAUGCAGAGAGAGACGAGAAAAAUAAGAGAACAUUACAAGUGGCGGACGCUGUUUUGACACUUAUUUUUCAGCGUCAGUGUCAUUUAAAAAUUCAAACCCGAUGACAUUCUAAACUCUUCUUCUGUUUAUGUUUGACAUGUUACAUCCGUAACAGUUCGUGCCAUCUGUAUGUAGCACUGUUUCUGUGGUUUCCAUUCAUAUACCUUCUCCUUUAAAUUGUAUUGCUUGUUUAAAACCACCUGUAGCCUGUGGGUUUUAUGAUUUUAUUUUGCUAUUUGUAAGUAAAUAUGGCAAAUAUUCUGUUUUCACUUUGUAGUGAACCCCUAAUCUAUCAUUUUUGCACAUUUUUGCUUUUAUUUUUAAUUUUUUCCUCGGCAUGUUUCAUUCUUUUUGGCAGAGGGGUGAGUUUGCUGUCUCUGACGUUAUGACAACAUCAUUUGCUUUUCUAUUAAAGGUCAAAAUCUUUCCUUGGGCUUACUCAGGGAUGAGAAAUAGGUGUGAAUGUGUGUGUUGAGGAGGUUGUGUGACCUUUGAAAGGUUUGUGUACAUGUAAAGAGAUGAAUAUAUAUAUAUAUAUAUAUAUAUAUAUAUAUAUAUAUAUAUAUAUAUAUAUAUAUAUAUAUCUAGUGUGUUAAACUGCUGUAACCAGAAGCAGUCAUUUCAUUGGCCCUGUGCUUUGGUUUCCCACAAUGUCUCUACACCAUACGAGGCCUUCCUAACACACUCUGUCCGUCUCUGUGUAUCCGUCUGUUUGUCUGCAUCACAAGCUGUCUGUCCGUCUGCCUGUUGUCCCUUUGACGUCACAAGCCCAGAUCCUCACACAUGCAAGAUACUGAAAAAAGACUGAGAAAUGAUUCAUCGACCUCAUCAAAGUGGGGACCACUUUUAUAGAAACAAAGAAAAACAAAAUGCACAUUUUUUUUGUCAUUUAUAGAAUAGAUAGACUUGAUAAUACUGUUUCAGCACUUUCUAAUCCUGAGGAAGAUAGGGUGAGAGGUUGGUGUCAUCGCAGUUUCUCCCCUCCAAUACGAAUUCCCUCCGUCUCGAUCCGUUCCUGGGUCCAACGGGAUGAGACGACGAGGACAGAGAGAGUCGAAAAUAAAGUUUAAAUGGUCCUCUAUGAACCUGAGAUGACUUUACUUUUUGUUGUACUGAUGUGUGCUUGAACACCAUCAUUUGUUUUAUUUUCAUGUUGGUUCUAUAUUUGACCUUGCUUCAUGUACUUUGGACUUUGUACUUUUGCUUCGGUCUCCUCUGUAGCACUCUUUUAUCAUGGUAGGAGACGAGAGAAAGUGUUUUAAUGAAUGUUUUUAAGAGUUUUCGAGCGGCUCUGUGACAGCUCGCUCUCAUAAGAGGAGCACCGCUGACAAUUUCCUUGUUUUUACUUUCAUUUCUCUGGCACAAAUGACAAAAAAGACGAAUGUUGGAUUGCGAGUUUCAGCAGUUUGAAAAAUAAAUCAAAAGAUUUUCUUUUCUUU